GAGAGAGAUGGGGGGCUGUGAGGGAGGGAGGAGUGCCUGUAUAGUGCAGGGCAUACAGCCCAUAAUAAUAACUGCCCUAUGUGAGGGGUAAUAGUACAGGGAGGGUAGGUACCAUCCAUUCAGGCAAUACAGAACUGUGAAAGUGACGGCAGUGCCCAUAUAUUACAUAUAAUACAGUAAUUAGAAGCUGAGUGCCCGUGCAGCUACAAGUAAUACUGCAGGAAGGCGGGCCAGGCAGGUAGAAGUGGGAGGGGCACAGGUGGGGACACAGGUGAGUGCUGACUGUUGACAAUCUGAUGUGGCCUCUCUGAAGCCUGAUCCUUCUCCAGGAUAACGAUGUCUGAUGGGAUCAUGAGCAAAGCUGCCACCAUGGAAAUUGCCAUCAGCAGGAAUGGGGUGUCGGGGGCGCUGCACGAGGAUGAGAGUCUGGAGCAGGACCUACAGCAGGUGAUGGUUUCGGGGCCGAAUCUCAAUGAGACGAGUAUCGUGUCGGGCGGAUAUGGGGGCACCGCAGAGGGGAUCAUUCCCACCGGCACCAUUAAAGGGCCGGCGGUGCAGUUUAACCCCAACUACAUUGGAGUGCGGCCCCCACAUGCGCAGACGCAAGGGGGCAUGUCCCAGCAGUGCUCCUCCCACAACGCGCUCACCUCAGAGGAACUCAGCAGAGGUUUAGCUGUGGAGAAAUUUGAUCUGGUGAAGAAAUGGGGAAUAAACACUUAUAAAUGCACAAAGCAGAUGAUCUCUGAGCGCUUUGGGCGGGGCACUCGCACCGUCGACCUGGAGCUGGAAACGCAGAUUGAGCUUCUGAGGGACACCAAGCGCAAGUACGAGGGGGUCCUCCAGCUGGCACGGGCCCUCACUGCCCACUUCUACAGCCUGGUACAGACUCAGCGGGCCCUCGGCGACGCCUUCUCCGACCUCAGCCAGAAGUCCCCCGAACUGCAGGAGGAGUUUGGGUACAACGCUGAGACCCAGAAGCUGCUGUGUAAGAACGGGGAGACGCUCCUCGGGGCGGUCAAUUUCUUUGUGUCCAGCAUCAACACUCUCAUUAAUAAAACCAUGGAGGACACACUCAUGACUGUCAAACAGUACGAGACUGCGCGGCUGGAGUUUGACGCUUACCGGGCCGACCUGGAGGAGCUGAGUCUGGGCCCGCGGGACGCGGCCACUCUGUGCCGUAUGGAGACCGCGCAGCAGAACUUCCAGUCGCACCGCGUCAAAUACGAGAAACUGAGGGGGGACGUCACUAUCAAACUGCGCUUCCUACAGGAGAACAAGGUGAAGGUGAUGCGCAAGCAGCUGCUGCUGUUCCAUAACGCCAUCUCCUCGUACUUCGCUGGGAAUCAGCAGCAGCUGGAGGCCUCCCUGCAACAGUUCAACAUCAAGCUGAGCAGUCGGGGCAGCGACAAGCCCUCCUGGCUGGAGGAACAGUGACCGGGGCAGCGGGAGGGGUGUCUAUUUAUAUGUCUGGGGGGGGGGGCGUGUUUGUACAUACGUGUGUGUGUGGGACACUCCGUACAUGUGUCUGGCCUUCAGUGAGUCUGGGGAGUGCAUGUAUCUGGGCCUGUGAGGGAGACUCGGUGAGUGUGGGCAUGUGAGUGAGACUCAGUGUGGGCAUGUGAGUGAGACUCAUGAGUGUGGGCAUGUAAGGGAGACUCGGUGAGUGUGGGCAUGUGAGUGAGACUCGUGAGUGUGGGCAUGUAAGGGAGACUCGGUGAGUGUGGGCAUGUGAGUGAGACUCGUGAGUGUGGGCAUGUAAGGGAGACUCGGUGAGUGUGGGCAUGUGAGUGAGACUCGUGAGUGUGGGCAUGUAAGGGAGACUCGGUGAGUGUGGGCAUGUGAGUGAGACUCAGUGUGGGCAUGUGAGUGAGACUCGUGAGUGUGGGCAUGUAAGGGAGACUCGGUGAGUGUGGGCAUGUGAGUGAGGCUCGUGAGUGUGGGCAUGUAAAGGAGACUCGGUGAGUGGGCUUGUGAGGGAGUUCAGUGAGUGGGCAUGUGAGUCUCUGUACAAAUGCCUGAGUAUGAGUGGGAGUAGGUUCCAUAUCUACUUUCUUCCUGCCCCGCCCCAACCCUAAAGCUCCUCCUGUUCUAUAUCUACUUGCUUCCUGCCCCACCCCCAACCCUAAAGCUCCUCCUGUUCCAUAUCUACUUGCUUCCUGCCCCGCCCCCAACCCUAAAGCU